AUUUACGUAAAGAGGCCAGACAGCUGGAGAAUGAGCUGGACCUCAAGCUGGUCUCCUUCAGUAAGCUGUGCACCAGCUACAGCAGCAGUACCCAAGACCAGCMCACAAGAACCAGGUCAGAUUCUUUUGGUCCAUCCCAUGAUAACAUGGUCGUAGCCAUGACAACUGAAGUGGAGCACCUCUUGUCCAAACUCAGUGUGGUCAACGACAGUAUGGCAGAAUACACAAACACACCUGGUGCUUCGUCACACAACGCGGCAUUAAUGCACACCUUACAGAGACACAGAGACAUUUUACAGGACUACACACACGAGUUUCACAAAACCAAAAGCAACUUCUUCACCCUGCGAGAGCGAGAGGACCUGCUGGGCUCCGUCCACAGAGACAUUGAGUCCUAUAAGAGCAGCUCAGGGGUGAACAACAGGAAAACUGAGCUUUUCCUGAAGGAGCAUGAACAUCUCAGAAACUCAGAUCGGCUCAUCGACCACGCCAUAAGCAUCGCCAUGAGUACCAAAGAGAACAUCACAUUUCAGCGUGGGAUGCUGAAGUCCAUUCAAACCAGGGUCACAACUCUGGCCAAUCGUUUCCCUGCUAUCAACAACCUCAUCCAGAAAAUCAAUCUGCGCAAGAGGCGGGACUCCUUAAUUCUAGGUGUGGUGAUUGGCGUCUGCACUGUUCUCCUGUUGCUCUACACAUUCCACUGACCGGACCAGUUUACAYUGUUUCACCUCUCCUCUAGUUGUAAAUAACUCUUCCUAAAACUGGUUUAUUUCUAGGUUGCUGCUCAGUUCUUGUAUUUUUACCAAAAAGACAACACUAUAUUUUCUGGUUUUUUGUUUUUGUUUUUCUUUUGUUUUUCUCCUAAUUAAAGGSGACAAGCUCA